ACAUCCUUUGCGUGUGCUAUCAAUGGAGACUACCACGGUUCGUGAGACAACGGAAUCCACUUGUCAAAACAACGCGAAGUGUUCUAAUAUUUGUUCAUAUUAUGUAGAUUGUGAAGAAUAUUGAUCCCAUUCAGGUCUGACUGGAUAUAAUUCUUGUGUCUGGACCAUUUCACACUGUAAAUCACAUCCAAAGGACGCGAAAAUGGAGGACACAGAAGAUGAUGCCCCAUCGUCUCCACUACCGCCUGAAUUCAUUAUCAAUGAUCUGCCGGAAGAAAUAUUGGAGCGUGUGUUGUCCUAUCUAUCUCCGUACAACGAAGUGCAUGUUGCUGCACGGGUUUGCAAACUAUGGAGACGUCUGAUCCAAGGAGUGGUGUUGAAGCGAAAGCAGGCGUUUGUCAAUGCCGCGUGCGAAGGUGUACUGAAAUGGAGUUCAUGUGAAUGCCCAUCCACACCAGUGACUGGGCGAAACUCUCACAGUGUAGCAUACAUCAAUGGACAUAUUUACUUCUUUGGAGGGUGUUCUGGAUCGAGGACAGCUUUUAACGACAUGUGGAAUCUUGACCUGAGCACGCGAGAAUGGACGCGGGUAUUGGCAUCAGGUUCAUACCCGAGCCCCAAGGGAUCAGCCACCAUGGUCAACUACAAAGGAAACCUGAUCCUUUUCGGCGGACUGGCCCCACCCGUGCCCCACCCACCUCACCUUGCACCUCAAAUAUUCAACGAGCUUCAUGUCUACCGCCCUCACAAGAACAAGUGGUCCUGCGUGGCGACGAGUCCGUCCCCUCCACCAAUGGCUGGUCAUUCUGCGAGCAUUGUGGGAAGCAAGAUGGUGGUGUUUGGUGGACUCCUGGAAGGCCAGCAAAGCUUCUUUAUCCAAUUCGUGUUCGUACACUGUACCUCCAUGCUCUGUCUAUGCCAAGCAGCGUUAUAGUGAUUUGUAAAAUUUCCCAGCUGAAUUAGUGGUGUUGUGAAGGGUAAGCAUGUUUUCCACAACUGUCUCUUUACUCCUCUACGGCAAAAUAUGCCCUUCUUCACUCUUAUUGCAUUUUAUGAGGUUGGUAUUGUUCCUCUAAUCUCUCUCUCUCUACCCUCCCAGUAUCUUGUAUCUACCCUCAUGUACACAAUUUAUCUGUUUGUGAGCAUAUGUACCUCUCUUGCUCCUCUCUCUCCUUCCCUCCCCCUUUCUCUGUUCCUACAUGAGUACGUCCCUCAUUUGAUCUUUUUCCUGAUCCUGCUAUCCCUUUGCGUAUCCCUCCCUCCCUCCUCCAUCUCUGUCUCUUCUAUCUCCAUCCUCCGUCUGUCCCUCCAUUUGUCCUUCCAUCCACCCCUCCAUCCUCCCUCUUCCCCUCUUUUUCCCUCUCCCCCCCUUUCUCUGUCUCUCUUCCCUCCAUCCCUCAAUCUCUCCCAACAUGUACACCCUUUUCCCUUUCCAUCUGACUGUCCCUUCCUCUUCUUUUUCACCCCUCUCUCUCUCUCUCUCUUUCUCUCUGUCUCUCUUGAUUGUUGACGAGCGCGCAGCCGAAACGCUGUGACGAGUGCGACACAAGAUUUCAUUAGGCCUGCCCAUCAGGCAUAUUUGUGUUCUCCUGAAGACAUGUCCCGUGAUGUGUUCGGAUGAUGAUUGCUGAGGGAAUGACGACACCACUUUCAGUACGCCUCAUUCAAGGACUAGUCUUUAAAAAAUAGUCUCCGUUGAUGCUCAUCACCAUAUAAAUUAGGCUGAAAUUACUCUGUUCAUAUACAUAAUGGUAGCAUGGGGAAAUGAUAUUAUCUGAAAUGGAGCCAUUUUUAUCUUGUGUUCGUGUCAAGCUACAUGUGCACUAUGUAUUGAAUCAAUUAGAUCAAUGCACAUGCAUGGGUCUUGUUAAUUUUCAUAUUUUAGGGGUGAAUCAUCUUUUGUCCUCAUGUAUUUUUUUGAUAUGAUGAAAAAUGUGAUUUAGGCUUCAUUACACGUUUUGAAUGCAGAAGCGAAAGCUAAACAUUUCCAUGUCUUUGUUUUAUAUAAUUCACAUUUUAGGUUUUGAGCUUUGUGUUUUUUCCAAAGUUUGACCCCUUUGAUAGUCAUGUAGGUCAAGUUAGCUUCAUUUAUGGCACAUCUAACAUUGAAAACUUGCCCCCCCCUCCCCUUCCCCAUAGGGCAGCAUGACAUUAAAUAUGAUUCCUUUUCAUUUCAUUCAAGUGAUUGGGCCAUUUAAUAUUGUUUGGCAGAAUGAAAAAAAAAAAGGAAAACACAUUUUCUACUUGUAACGUAUUGCAUUGCAUUUUAUGAUUUAUGAAUCUUCGAAGGAGAAAAAUUUCCUAUUAUCAUAGGCCUACAUGUACAUGAUCACUUUAUAAUUACCAAGAUAAUUGCAUGACGAACUUUCAAUGAGGGAUUAUUUUAUUGCUUUUAUGAUUAGAUUACAAAUCAACAACAGAAACUCUAUGCUUACAUGAAAAGGUAUUAAAAGCGAAACUCUACCAUCAGGGUUUGUAUUCAUUUACAGGAGUAACAUUUACUUGAAGAGAAAGGUAUUAGCCUUUGAAAAAUGAUUUAUUCUGAUAUGGCAGAUUUAAAGGUUUAUUAAACAGAACCGAAACCUGUUUGGAUUGAAGUUGGAGAAACUCAGCUAGGGGGAAAUUGAAAUGAGUUGAAUGAUAUAAAGUAAUGGGAACGGAUUCCUUUCCUACCAGACUGUUAUUAAAUGUCAAAUGGAAGCACUUCUUUAAAUGUCACUUCCUUGUAAACAUUUGUCAGGAAUGAAAGAUAGUGUCCUACCAUUAUUAUAUCUUAUGGCUAACACUAGGUAUUUCAAAUAAUUCCACUGCACUCAAUAGCAUAUACAUGUACAUGUACCUUUGAUAUUUGAUGGAUCAGUUGAAGUUCACUGACACUUCAAGAUAUCAUUAUUUUGCCAAUAAUUUCUUAAUUAAGAGUGAAUAGAAUACAAGGAACAAUAGAACAGAUAUUUGCUACACCACUUCUUUUAUUCUACAUACCAGUACUGUAUU